AAAACGGCAUCAUAGUUUUGAUCUCUUCCCACCCAUUAAUUAAUAUACAUCACGCUUCCAUGCACGUUUAGAAAUCCCAUUUCUAUUCCACCACCCCCUCACCUUCUUCGUCUUCUUCUUAAAUACCCACCUCCCAAAAAACUAUCUUUGACCUAAUCUCAUUAUUUACAAUGGCCUUUCAAGACCAGUUUUUUUCUCACAAUCAAAACCGAAAUCUUCAGUCUUUCACCAUGAACAAUAAUGGGUAUGAUUCGAUUCAGAUCCAGCGCAACAACCUCGUUCAUUCUCAUGGCAUCGCUUUUCAGUUGGAGAAACAAAGACAAGAGAUUGAUCAGUUCAUCAUUUCACAGAGGGAAAGAUUGAAAUCUGAAAUAAACAGACAAUCAAGACAGAACAUAACUUUAAUCCUUAGAGAAUACGAGGCUAGAGCAAUUUUCAUGACAAAUCAGAAAGAUGAAGAAAUUGCUAAAGGGAAGAGAAAGGAAACAGAGCUUGAAGACUUGUUAAGGAAGAUGGUAAUGGAGAAUGAAGCUUGGAGAGUUUCUGCUUUGCAGAAGGAAGCUAUGGCGGUUUCUCUUAACAAUUCAAUUGCAGAGUUACAAAGAGAGAACAAUAAGAACAACAACAACAACAAUGGUGGAUGUGAUUUUGGAUUUGAAAUUGAAGAUUCUGAAUCUCGAAUUGAAGAAGAAGAAGAAGAUGAUAAUGGAUUUAUGAUGGGAAAUGGAAUGAUGAUUUGUAGAAGGUGUGGAUUGUCUUCUUCUUGUGUGGUUUUCUUGCCUUGUAGACAUCUUUGUUCAUGUGAAUCUUGUGAGCCAUUAAUGAGUUCUUGUCCUGUUUGUAAUAUGGCCAAGAAAUCUUGUUUACAUGCUUUGUUUUGAUUUCAUUUUUUUCUUAACUUAUUGUAUAU